AUGUCGAGGAACGUCUUGCGCCAGUCUGGCCGCAUUGCCAGUGCCCUGACGGCAUCUGGAAGAGUAGCUGCGUCUCGUGUCGUCACGCCCGCACCUUUCAAUGCCGCCUCAAAACAGGUUCGAACAUACGCCGCCGAUGCCAAAGCAUCCCCAACCGAAGUGUCCUCAAUCCUGGAGCAGAGAAUUCGGGGUGUGCAAGAGGAGGCUGGCCUUGCCGAGACCGGCCGCGUCUUGUCGGUCGGUGACGGUAUCGCUCGUGUCCAUGGCAUGGCCAACGUUCAAGCCGAAGAAUUGGUCGAAUUCGCGUCCGGAGUCAAGGGCAUGUGCAUGAACUUGGAAGCUGGUCAAGUCGGUGUCGUGCUUUUCGGUUCUGAUCGUCUCGUCAAGGAGGGCGAAACUGUCAAGCGUACCGGCAGCAUUGUCGAUGUUCCCGUCGGCGAGGCCAUGCUUGGCCGUGUCGUCGAUGCUCUGGGUAACCCCAUUGACGGCAAGGGCCCAAUCAACACCACCGAGAGAAUCCGUGCCCAGGUCAAGGCUCCUGGUAUCCUUCCUCGUCAUUCCGUCAACCAGCCAGUACAGACCGGUCUUAAGUCCGUCGACGCCAUGGUACCGAUUGGCCGUGGCCAGCGUGAAUUGAUCAUUGGUGAUCGUCAAACCGGAAAAACUGCCGUUGCCCUCGAUGCCAUGUUGAACCAAAAGAGAUGGAACAACUCGGGCGACGAGACCAAGAAGCUCUACUGUGUUUACGUGGCCGUCGGUCAAAAGCGAUCUACCGUCGCCCAGCUCGUCAAAACUCUCGAGGAGAACGACGCCAUGAAGUACUCCAUUGUCGUCGCUGCCACUGCCUCCGAGGCUGCUCCUCUGCAAUACCUUGCUCCUUUCACUGGCUGUGCGAUGGGUGAGUGGUUCCGUGACAGCGGAAAGCAUGCUCUCAUCGUCUACGACGAUCUCACCAAGCAGGCCGUGGCGUACCGCCAGAUGUCUCUGUUGCUCCGCCGUCCUCCUGGGCGUGAGGCGUAUCCGGGUGAUGUCUUCUACCUCCACUCCCGCUUGUUGGAGCGAGCUGCCAAGAUGAGCGACAAGCAUGGUGGUGGUUCCUUGACCGCUCUCCCUAUCAUCGAGACCCAGGGUGGUGAUGUGUCUGCCUAUAUCCCUACCAACGUCAUUUCCAUUACCGAUGGCCAGAUUUUCUUGGAGGCCGAAUUGUUCUACAAGGGUGUUCGUCCAGCCAUCAAUGUCGGUCUCUCCGUCUCCCGUGUCGGCUCGGCCGCCCAGCUGAAGGCCAUGAAACAAGUCGCCGGUUCUCUGAAGCUCUUCUUGGCCCAAUACCGAGAAGUCGCCGCCUUCGCCCAGUUCGGUUCCGAUCUUGAUGCUGCCACCAAGCAGACUCUCAACCGUGGUGAACGUUUGACCGAGUUGUUGAAGCAGAAGCAAUACUCGCCUAUGGCUGUGAACGAAAUGGUUCCUCUUAUCUACGCCGGUGUCAACGGUCACUUGGACAGUGUCCCAGUCGGCAAGAUCACGACAUGGGAGGCUGAUUUCCUUGCUCACCUGAAGAGCGACCAAACCGAGCUUUUGGCCAGAAUUGACAAGGAGGGGCAAUUGAGCAAGGAUCUUGAAGAGCAACUGAAGGAAGUUGUUGUGAACUUCACCAAGAGCUUCACAUAG